UUACCUUUAUUAACUGCCCAUUUCUUCUUGGAACGUGUUUUUCGCGGUCCCCCGUGACCGGUGUUUCAAUGCAUUACUCGACCAGAGCGACUUGAGCUGCUCCAGGAUAUCAUGUCGGUCGUUAUUGAAACAACUGUCGGAGAUCUCACUGUGGACCUGUUCUUAAGGGAACGACCCAGAGCUUGUCAGAAUUUCUUGAAGCUGUGCAAGCUGAAGUACUACAACUUUUGCUUGUUCCACACCAUUCAGCGAGAUUUCAUUGCGCAAACUGGUGAUCCGGCAGGCACAGGAAAAGGAGGAACAAGCCUGUAUGGGAUACUUUAUGGUGACCAGGCCAGGUAUUUUGAGGCUGAAAAGAUGCCUAAGCUAAAACACCGGAAUACAGGAACACUAUCCUUUGCCAGCCAUGGAGGUCACAUGCUUGGCUCGCAGUUUUUCGUCACGCUGUCCGAAGAUCUCGAGUACCUGGACGACGAACACUGCGUCUUCGGCCAGGUGGUGGAGGGCCACGAUGUCCUGGUGAAGCUCAACAGCGCGAUAUGCGACGAAAAGUACCAGCCGUACCAGGACAUCCGCGUUACACACACAGUGAUACUGGACGACCCGCUGGAUGACCCGGAUGGGCUGGAGAUCCCCGACCGGUCGCCUCCGCUCACCGAUGACAUUCUCAAGUCGGGCCGCAUCGCGGCGGAUGAGGACCUGGACGAGGACGCCGGCCGCACGGCGGCAGAGCUGGACGAGAUGAUUCAGCAGCGCGAGGCGCAAGCGCGCGCCACCAUCCUGGAGAUGGUCGGCGACCUACCGGACGCCGACACGGCGCCGCCCGAGAACGUGCUGUUCAUCUGCAAGCUGAACCCGGUGACGACCGACGACGACCUGCAGGUCAUCUUCUCCCGCUUCGGCACCAUCGUCAGCUGCGAAAUCAUCCGCGACCAGAAGACGGGCAACUCACUGCAGUACGGCUUCAUCGAGUUUGACAACCCCAAGUCGUGCGAGAACGCCUACUUUAAGAUGGACAACGUGCUGAUCGACGACCGGCGCAUCCACGUCGACUUCUCGCAGUCGGUGUCGCGCGUCCAGUGGCGCGGCAAGGGCCGCGUCGUCUACCAAAACGGCACGAGCGCUAGCGAGUUCGCCAACUACGGCGGCGGUGGCGGCGGCGGCGGUCGGGCUCCCCGCGGUCCGGGUGGCGGUGGCGGUGGCCGGGGCGCACCCGGCGGCGACAGGCGCGGCCCGGACGACCGACACCGUGGACCGACUGGGGGCGGCCGCAGCGCGGCCGGACGGCACGGCGCGAGCAGCGGCCGGCGCGGCCGGGAGCCCGAGCAGUCUCGCCGGCUGGAGAGCGCGGCCGGACGGCUCGACGUCGGCCAGCUGAGGGCGCUCGUCGAGCGCCAGGACAGGAAACGAAGUGGUAACGACGGCUCCAAAGAACCUGCAAAGUCCAGCAAGAAGUCCAAAAAACAUAAAAAGCGAUCCCGGCAGGACAAUUCCUCCGACUCGGAAGCCUCCAGUGAUGCAGAGAAGCCUGCGGCGAAGUCCAAGCAUCGCGGUGUGCGGACGCGGUCCUCGAGCUCCGGUGGCUCCCGCAGUCCCCUCGCUGGGUCGAGUCGGGACAAAGAGCGCGCGAGAGGCGAUGGAAAAGCUCGAAGUGAAACGUCGCGGAAAAAGAAGAAACAUAAAGAGAAGGGGGGCGACUCUGGUAAGGGCAGUAAAAAGAAGCGAAAGAAGCACAGGCGACACAGCUCGACGAGUGGCUCGGACGGCACCUCCUCUUCGGAAGAAGGCGUUGGGAGUAGGGAGCGGACUAGAAAGAGGCAUAGGAAAUGAAUUUCACAAGCGUAUGACUCAUCUCAUCAAAUACACCGCUCCACGCCGUA